GAGGGAGAGAGAGAGAGAGAGAGAAUAUUAACUUAACCUAACCUCUAACCAAUCCUAAGCUUUCGUUUAGAAUCGUUAUACUCGCUAGUGAACGAUCAAAAUAUCAUUGAAUGUUUUGGUUCAAGGAACGACUGAAUUAACAGUUUCACAGUAUGUCGAUCAAACUCUUCAGGACUAUCAAUCUGCUAAUUCCGAGAAGUCAAUAUGUGCGGCACGGACACCGGUUACGUGGAAAGCCACCGUUGAUCGCCCGUAGUCUGAAGCAGCGUCUCGAGAUACUUAAACGGGCGAAAGAGGAUUCAACGUUGGAUUUCGAUGUAAACAUUGGCUUCCCAGUGACCCAGAUCUCUAGACGAACAAUGACGAAAACUUGGGCAAAUGAGAUAACCGCGCAUAGAAAUAAUCCCGAGUUAGAGAGAGUCUCACGUACCAGACAGCUACUUGUGGAUCUAAAAGAUGUGAGAAAACAUUGGCUGCAGACCGACGGGCCAUUUCACGUUUACAGAAUAGCAAAGCACUAUGGUGUCUACAGUGAUCUCUAUAAGGAUGCGUAUUUUAUGCCGACGGUUCCGUUGGAUAUAACUUAUGACUUGCAAGAUGAUAAAAUGGUAAGAGUUUACACUGGUAACGUAAUCAAACCAGAGGAAGCUUCCAAAGCACCUGAUAUAGUAUACAAUACGAAGGAUGAAUCACUGUGGACAUUCUUAAUGACUACACCAGAUUGUAAUUUGACCAACCCUAGUAAUGAAUAUUGCCAUUGGUUCAUUGGCAACAUUCCUGGGAAUCGUGUAAAUGAAGGAGAGGAGCUGAUAGAUUAUUUAAGACCAAUACCAGCAUAUGGUAUCGGAUACUGCAGAUAUAUCUUUAUAUUAUACAAGCAGAACUGUCAUAUAAAUUACUCGGAAUAUAAAAAAACAAAGCCUUGUUUGAAUCUGAAGGAACGUAACUGGCAGACACGAGAUUUUUAUUCAAAGCAUCAGCAUCAAUUGACGCCUGCUGGCUUGGCAUUCUUCCAAUCAGACUGGGACUACACGAUGAAAGAAUUUUAUUACGACACACUGAAAAUGAAAAUGCCAAUAUAUCAGUAUGAUUUUCCACAACCAUAUAUCAAGAAACAAGUUUGGUUCCCCUUGAAGGAACCGUUCAAUCUCUACCUGGACAAAUACCGUGAUCCCAAACAAAUAAUGAAAGAAUUCUUGCUGAGGAAAUUGAAAAAAACUCAUCCAUUCAAAGGGUCAGAUCGAAAACCGUUAUUCCCGUUAGCUUAUCGUACCCAUCCCAACAUGCCAUCCUGGUUGAAAUUUGAGAUUUUAAAGAAGAGGUUGGGGUAUGGUCGUGUUAAUGAUCUCGAUGAAUAUUAGAGAUUGGAGUAAUAUGGUUAUAAUAUAAUAAAUAAUUAUUCUGGA